AUGUCCACAUCGGCGGCCGCACUCGCACUCAAAGCCGAUAAAGCUAUUCUCAGAAAAGAUGUCUGCACGGCUGCGCAAGCUGUCCGCCGCCGUGGUCCAAGAACAAUGUCUUUGCGCUCCAUCCCCCGACGAGUCGUUGAAAAUCUGACCCGGUCUAUCUCAGCGAAGGCUCUGACGGAUCGGAUUCUUGCUACGCCGUCUCUCAUCGACGCCCAGUCGAUCAGCUGCUAUCUGAGCAUGCCGACAGGCGAAAUCGACACUGGGCUGCUUGUCAGAGCGCUCCUGCGCGCCGGAAAAACGCUGUACGUUCCCAAGAUCGACAGAAGGACCGACGGGAAGAUGGACAUGCUGCGCGUGUAUGACGAGGACGAUCUCAGCUCGCUUCCGAGCGGCGUUUGGGGAAUCAAGGAGCCGGGCGCGACGCGCAACGGUUCGCCGCGAGCUAACGCGAUGGACUCUGGAUUGGAUGUGAUUCUCGUUCCAGCCCUAGCAUUUGACAGAGCGCUGUGUCGCCUGGGACAUGGCAAAGGCUACUAUGACCGAUUUAUCAGGGCCCAUACAGAAGCUCUCGGAAGAACCCCGACGCUUGUCGGACUUGCGCUUGAAGAGCAGCUUCUCGAGCCUGACACCAUCCCUACCGGUGCGCACGACUGGAAAAUGGACCACAUCAUCACAUGCGGGUCUCUCGUUUCGUCUCGGGUGGCGACUGGCCCAGAAGAUAAAUAA